GCGCGCGUUUCCGCCGGAGACGGCGGCGGCGGUCGCGGCUCGGGCUUUCCCAGGUCCUCGCCCAGCGGCACUGGCCCCCGGGAACCCUGACGCCGCGAGAACAUGAGUGACUCCGCGGGAGAAUGCGUUCGCCUCCGGCGCUACUCCGAGCUCCCGGUGUGGGUGGUGGAGGAUCAUCAGGAGGUUCUGCCUUUUAUAUACCGUGCCAUUGGUUCAAAGCAUCUUCCUGCCAGUAAUAUAAGUUUUGUACAUUUUGACUCCCAUCCAGACCUCCUUAUUCCUGUGAAUAUGCCUGCAGACACUGUGUUUGACAAGGAAACACUCUUUGGAGAAUUAAGUAUUGAGAAUUGGAUCAUGCCUGCAGUUUAUGCCGGCCAUUUUUCUCAUGUAAUAUGGCUUCACCCCACAUGGGCUCAGCAAAUUAAAGAGGGCAAACAUCACUUUUUAGUAGGCAAAGACACGUCCACCACAACAAUCAGGGUUACAAGUACAGAUUAUUACUUCCUGAGCGAUGGUCUUUAUGUACUUGAAGACCAGCUAGAGAACCAAAAACCUUUACAUUUGGAUGUAAUUAUGGUAAAACCUUGUAAACUCUGUAACAGCCAAGAAGGAAAUGAUGCGGUGUCUUCUGCUAAGAAGCCAAAGCGAACACUGGAAGAUGCAGAAAGCACUGCCUCUCCUAACUGUGACUCUUAUUCAGAAGGACUGGAAAAGGACGCAGUGACACAGACAAGUGGCCAGGCUUCCCCGGAACCAUCAUGUUCACGUUCUCCUGAGAGUCAGGAAUGCCAGACUGCAGUCAACACUGGGCAAGUUCUGGAAAUUUUGAAGAAAGGGGAUGCAUUUGUUUUAGAUAUUGACUUAGAUUUUUUUUCAGUCAAGAAUCCUUUCAAAGAAAUGUUCACUCAGGAAGAGUACAAAAUCCUACAGGAGCUGUAUCAGUUUAAAAAGCCUGACGCCAGCCUAACAGAGGAAGAUCUGGUAGACUGUGUUGAUACUCGAAUUCACCAGUUAGAAGACCUAGAAGCUACCUUUGCUGAUUUGUGUGAUGGUGAUGAUGAAGACACUAUACAGCGAUGGGCUUCAAACCCUGGAAUGGAAUCACUAGUUCCCCUUGUACAGAGUUUGAAAAAACGGAUGCAAGUGCCGGACUAUGAAAUGAUUUUUAAGGAUGAGAGAUACCAGCAAAAGAAUAUUGAGAUUAAACCUGAGCUAAUCCACAACGCACCCUUUUCUGAAAUGGUAACGAUGAAGAAUGAGAGUCGGAAGAGACUCCAGACUUGGAGAUCCCUGCCAGGCGUUCACCAGGCUGGCCUAACCUGUGACUAUUCAGAACUUCCUCACCAUGUCAGCACAGAACAAGAAAUUGAGUCUCUUAUUCAGUCUGUGUAUUGUUUACUGAAAAACUUACCAAAACCUACACUUGUGACAAUUGCAAGAUCAAGUCUAGAUGAUUACUGUCCUUCUGAGCAAGUUGACACCAUCCAAGAAAAGGUCCUCGCUGUGCUCCGCUCCCUCUAUGGGACUCUGGACAUUCACCUGGCAUACUCAGCAGACGCCUCUCCAUCUUGAAACAAAACAGAACGCUGAGCCUCUCCUACAGCCUGGUGUAAUAAUAGGGCUUUCAUUAACUUAAUUGUAAAUGAGUCUUCCAGAGAAUACAGUGUAUUUUCUGGAAGGUAUUUUCAAUCUCCAGACAAAUGUCAUCCAUUGUUGAAAAAUGGCAAUUUUUUUGGCAUCAAGUCUGCCCCCAACUAAUGGAAUUAUUGCUUCUCUUUCUUCCUUUCCAUCAUUGUCUUCUUCAUUUCUGUGAGAGGUUUUUCCUUUUUUCCCCUAGUUUGGUUGGAAUGUAUGCGAUUCACUCAUUCAUUCAACUGAUGUUUAUUGAGCACUUGCCAUGUGCCAGACUUUAUUAGUGCUGGGUAUAUGCCAAUGAACAGAAUAGAUGAGGCACCUGCCCUCUGAGGGGAGACAAAUGAGAAACAAAUUAUGCGUUGUGGGAAGUGUCAGGAAGGAAAGGACAACCACAAGCAUGUCUUAGGCGUACUCUUAGUACUCAGGGCACCUUGGCCUUAUAGAAAAGUAACAUUUUCAAAAGCUAAAAAAAAAAUUUGCCAUCCCAUGAAAAUGCUGCAGGAAGUCUACCUUCUGAGGCUGUUGGGAUCAUGGCUUGGCUCUCGCGGAAUGAUCUCCAGCAUCGUUGGGAUUAAGGAGAUCUGGUGCGUAAACUUGACCAAACAGACAUCCAUUUACUCUUUGCUGAUCAAAAAGCCCUUCAUGGUUUUUUGCGCCUCCAGGUGGUCACAGUGGGCAUCGAUUAUCGCUGUAGUCCCUAAGUGCCGUGUUAUUGGCAGUCUGCGUUGAUGGUUUGUUUUUUGGUGUUUUCUUUUCUCCAGAUAAACCAGCCUUUUGUGUAAGUAGUAAGAGAAAAGGUUAAAUCUGAAAUUAUGACUUACUAUAAAUACCCAAGGACAUAACUGUCUUUUACUGGCCUCUCCAUAAGUAAGAGAUCCUAACUGAUUCACUCUUAAUCAUGGAACUUUUUAUUUUCUCAGUUUGCCAAAGUCUUCCCAUAUUUCUUCUCCUUUAGAGGUGGGAUAGCAUUUAAGAGAAAAAAACAAAAACUACCCAUCAUUCCCUCAGCCUUUAUACACAGCAGUUGUUUUCGUUUCUGCAUGUUAUUUUCAGGCCUUGUCCACACGUAUACAUGUAUAUGUACAGUUGCAUGUAAAGCUAAAAUUAUAGCAU